AUGUUUGUAAUUAAUGAAUUUUCAAUGCUAUUUCACUUAUUUCUUUUUCAAUUCUUAUUUUACUCAAAUUCUGUUCAAGAAAAUUUAAUCCUGAAAUCUCAACAUAACAUACGACAUUUACGACACAUUCAAAGUCAUCGUUUCAUUCAGAGAAUUCAACAAGAACGGAAUGUAAUUACUGAUAUUUCAUCAAAGUAUCCAAUGCAUAUCCUUUUUCCGGUUCCUAUUAAACGUGGUGAGCUUACAAAGAAUCCGUUUGGUAUUACGAUGGAUUUAGUGCGACCAGUUGUGGACAUAGCUCUGGAAAAAGUAUACCACAACAAAUUGCUACCAAAAGGUUCCUUACGGUUGCAUUUCAAGGACACUCGCUUAUCAGAUGCACACGGUCCUAAUGUUGCAAUCAGUCAAUUGGUGACAGCUAAACUAGACUGUAUUAUUGGAUAUGUUUUUGUUAAUGCCUUAAAAUCGGUAGCCCGAAUGUCACCGUAUUGGAAAAGUGCUACAAAUAAUGGUAUUCCGGUAAUUACAACAGUUGGCCUAACAAGCAACUUGGAUAACAGACAGGAAUAUAAAUUGUUAACUCGUAUUAUUAGUCCAUAUAAAAUACUUACUAAAGCAAUUCGCAUGAUUUUUGAUCGGAUGAAUUGGCUUACAGUUGCAUAUAUUUUUCAUGAACAGCGAUACGGUAGUUCUAAAAUCAGUAAUGUACCGUAUGGUGAAUGCUACCUGCAAGUAGCAUCACUUCAGGUACGGUACUAUCAAAUGGAUUAUAAUUAUUUUAUGUUCAAUGAAUUAAAAUUCAAUCAUAUGCAAAUGUUCGACAUUUUAAUGAAAGCAAGCAAAUUAGCUAAUGGUUUGUCGUUUUUUUUUUUUUUUACAAUUAUAUUUUAA